CAACAUUUUGCAAUGCAAUUUCUAGGCUUGAAGAAGAGGGGUGCCAUCAAAACUGUGGUCAAGGAAGAUUUCGAGAAAGUUCUGGUUCCAAAGACCCCCGAGGAAGCUGUUCGCCUUCGAAAAAUCUUAUCGCGUAACUAUCUUUUUAGCGAGCUCGCCACGGGACAGCUCGACAAUGUUGUCGAGGUCAUGAAGCCGCUGAAGUUCAGUGCAAAUCAAGAUGUGAUCCGCCAGGGGGAUAUUGGAAAACACUUAUACGUCCUAGUUUUGGUCGACGGCAAACUCUUGGCUGAAUAUUUUGAGACUGGGUGCUUUGGCGAGCUUGCGCUGGUCUACAACGCCCCGCGCGCGGCGACUGUUCGUACCACAGAGGAAAGUGACCUUUACAGUCUCGAUGUUGGGUCAUUUCGCCAUGUGCUUCGUGAACAAGCAGGCGCCCGCGAGCGCGCUCACCUAGCGUGUGUCAAAAAAGUACCACUUUUGAAGACGCUGGACUCUCGGAAGCUGACAGCUUUGGUCAAAUCACUCGAGCUCAUCAAAUUCAAAGAUGGUGCCAAGAUUAUACGACAAGGCGACGAGGGGGAUGCCUUCUAUAUAAUUGAGACAGGAUCGGUCGUGUGUACUCGCGUCAACACCAGGGGGGAACAAGAAGAGCUCGCAACGCUCACAGCUCCUGACUGCUUUGGGGAAAUGGCGCUGAUGGACAAUUCACCAAGGCACGCCACUGUAGUAGCUAAAGAUGAGGUGCACUGCCUUACGCUCGACCGUGCGCACUUUGUGAAGCUUCUCGGCCCUCUCAAAAGCAUUUUACAAGCACAUUCGUGCCUCCAUGUUUUGCGUUCCAUUGAACUUUUUUCAGAACUGACAGACGCGGAGUUGGAUUCAAUCGUGAAUGCAAUGCACUCUGAGAAGUUUAGUCGUGGCGCUCCGAUAAUCAGAGAAGGCAAGAAAGGAACCACAUUUUAUGUUAUUCAAACGGGCAGCGCAGAGGUGAGUAAAGACGGGGUGACUAUUGGGCAGCUCCAAUCGGGAGACUACUUCGGCGAGCGUUCGCUCAUUGAUGGUUCCCCGCGGAGUGCUUCCGUGUUCGCAACAGAAGAUGUUGUUUGCUACACCCUGGAGCGCAAAAAAUUUGAAUCCUUGCUAAUCAACACAGCUGGAACAGCGGGGAAAUUCGAAGAGGAGAUGAAGCGACGAACUGAAAGUGGUUUAUUGCUACCGCCAUUCGAGGAACUUACGGUAUGCCGCUUACUUGGCCAAGGUACCUUUGGCCGGGUAAAGCUCGUGGAACACACGCGAACGGCGAGCGUGUCACAACCUAACCCGGGCGUCGGUCAAGCAACUAUUCUAAUAGUUGUAAAACAGCAACAAGAGAAGAACGUGAUUGCAGAGCGUGACCUCCUUUAUGAGUGUGCAUCCACCUUUGUGUUGAAGUUACAUAUGACGUACCAAAGUACAGAUGAGCUUUUCUUGUUAAUGGAGCUCAUCCAAGGAGGUGAACUUUGGCAGUACAUCUAUGAGAAGAAGCAUUUACUGUCACGCACUUCGCUUGGUGGAGCGUGUGUGACGUCUGCUCUACAUUACGUUCACAACAAGGGUGUUGCAUAUCGUGAUCUAAAACCAGAGAACUUGUUGAUGGACUCUGCCGGUUACAUAAAAAUGAUUGACUUUGGGUUUGCAAAAAGAAUUCCUUACAAAAAAAAAGGGAAAGAAAUGUUACAGACAUUCACGCUUUGUGGUACACCAGAGUACAUCGCCCCUGAAAUCCUUCUAUCUAAAGGACACGACAAAGGCGUAGAUUGUUGGGCCUUGGGCUGCCUCAUAUAUGAGCUACUCUGCGGGCGUACCCCGUUUGUCCACGAUGAUCAGCAGCAGAUAUUUCGUGCGAUUGUCCAGGCCAACUCAAAGCUUCGAUUUCCCUCAGAGAUGGAUGCAGAUGCUCAAAUGCUCAUCAAGGGCAUGCUCGAGGUAAACCCCGCGCGGCGCCUAGGGAACCUGAAAGACGGCCUCUCUGCCGUGCCGGGUUCAGUGUGGUACCAGGCCACCAAAUUUGAGUGGGCGGCACUUUCCGCACGAACUGCGAAAGCGCCAUACCUACCACCCGUCAAAGACGAAAAAGACACUUCAAACAUCGACUCGAUGGACGAUGACGAUAGCGUUCUAAAGUAUCGUGGAAAUCAAGACAUUUUCUUCCAAUUUUGAUUGUCUCUUUGAUCUAUCAAUUCAAUCGUGAUUGACCUCCCCUCCUUCAAAGAUAUGUUGUUGUGGCUGCCACGCGUCAUGGCUCCCUGGGUGCUAAGAGAUUUCUUUCUUCAGUCCCAUGGCCCCGAAUUUACUCGGGUGGCAGUGCGCGAAACAGAGACGGCCUCUCCCGAGUGUGCAGACACAGUCGAAUCCGGCUUGUGCCGGCCCAUCCCGGUGUGCUGGCAAACCGGGCGGCCCGCGGAAGCGCGCUUGUUCAGUUUGGAGCUACAAUGACAGCGGCUAGAGCUUCGCACGCAGCAACUGCCAGUCUCGUUGGCGCGGGGAAGGGGGUCGUGGAACACAGCAAAACGCGGGAACUACGCCGUAUUGGGCCGACACGGAGUGGCCUUGAAUGCCAACAGUAGUACGAUAGUGGCUGCGCCAUCCAAGCGCGGUCCGCCGGCCUUCCUUCUGGCAUUACUUGAUUUAAUUUGGGCCCAGCCCCCCUUCGAGGGGAGAGUUUACCUUGCUUCCUUUAGCCUCGGGCUAGUGGGAGAUACGAAGCUGCGCGACUGCGGACUGGUUGUCGCAGUAGACGCGGCUCAGGUAGGGAUGGAGAGGCCGCUGGGGGGAAGUGCCCCUGGCGUCCUGUGGUCCGUCGGCCUUCAUUCUGGCAUUACUUAA